AUGGUGGCCGAACAGACCAAGGGCCACACGGCCGACCCCAUCGUCACGCGCCUGGUCGAGGAGGACAAGACACCCUGGUACAAGAAGCCCAACCUCCGGGUCAUGUACGUUUGGCUCUUCAUCUGCUGCAUGGGCGUCGAAAUCACCUCGGGCUUCGACUCGCAGCUGCUCAACACGCUGCAGUACUCGGACACGUUCAAUAAAUACUUUGGCGAAGGAUACAUCAACCCCAGUACCAACAAGGCCGAUAUCAGACCCAGCCUUCUCGGCUUCAUGAAUGCCUGCUACCAGCUCGGCACCAUCCUCGCGGUGCCCAUCGCCCCGUGGCUCAACAACAAAUAUGGCCGACGAUGGUCCAUCAUGGCCGGAUCCCUCAUCAUGAUGGCCGGCGCCCUCCUCCAGGGUUUCGCACAGCACGUCGCCAUGUACAUCAUCGCACGUAUGUUGCUUGGUGUCGGCAUCUUGUUCGCCAUUAUCGGAGGCUCUGCCUUGAUCGGCGAGCUGGCUCACCCCAAGGAGCGACCAACUCUGACGUCUUUCUUCAACGCGUCCUACUUCCUCGGCGCUAUUCUUGCCGCCGGUAUCGCCCUAGGCACCGUUGAGAUUAUUGGGGACUGGGCGUGGCGACUGCCAUCUCUGCUUCAAAUGGCCCCUUCCUUCCUGCAGGUCGCAACGGUCUUUCUCCUUCCCGAGAGUCCUCGUUGGCUGGUCAGCAAGGACCGCGAUGAGGAGGCCCUGGCCGUCUUGGUCAAGUAUCACGCCGAGGGCGAUGCCAACUCGCUCCUGGUCCAGGCAGAGAUGGAGCAGAUCCGCACCACCAUUAAGCUCGAGAUGGAAAGCGCCAAGCAGACGUGGUGGUCAGUCGUCUCCGCACCGGGAAUGCGUCGUCGUUCAAUCGUCUCCAUCUUCCUCGGCCUCUUCACCCAGCUGUCCGGUAACUCGCUCCUGUCGUACUACUCGAGCUUGCUGUUCAACAUGAUGAACUACACGACCCCAUACGCCAAGACCCGCAUCAACAUUGCUAACCAGUGCUGGUCUCUGCUUACCGCCGUCGUCAUCGCCAUGUAUGUGACGAGGUUCAAGCGCCGCCUGGCUUUCAUGACUUCUGCUACUCUGAUGCUCUGCGUCUUUAUCGGCAUGACGGUGUCGUUCUAUAACCUGCAGGUGGCCAAGGACAAUGGCACGACCAACAACUCGGCCUCCAUUGCGGCUUUGUUCUUUUACUUCUCUUACCAGCCCACAUACAACAUUGGCAACAAUGCCCUGACCUACACCUACCUGCUGGAGCUGUGGCCAUACGGACAGCGAACCCGCGGUAUCGGUAUUCAGCAGAUCUUCGGAAAAGCUGGUCUCUUCUUCUCCCAAAACGUCAACCCGCUAGCCCUCACCUCCAUCGGCUGGAAGUUCAUGGCCAUCUACUGCGGCUGGAUUGCGUUCGAGUUCAUCAUCGUUUACUUCCUCUACCCCGAGACCCAGGGCCGCACUCUCGAGGAGCUUGCCUUCUUGUUCGAGGGUGACGAGCUCAACGACAAGGCUACUGCGGCUGUCGAGAAGCGCAUCCACGGCGAUGCCAUCCAGCCCACCGUCAGCAUCGAGGAGGAGAAGCGUACCAACGUGUAA